UGAUAAUUGGCGUUAAUAGAUUGGGGCGGUGAGAAGUGAGAAGAUAAAAAGAAAACAGGGUUUAGGCUUUGGAAGAGAAAGGCAUGGCAGAGAUUCUAAACCUAGGAGGCCUGCGAAGCCUAAGUACGAGGAAACAGUCAUGGCGUUCGCAUUCCCAAUUGACUAAGCAUGAUUCCGUCAACCAAAACUGGAGUCGUUUGCAGCACAAGCUCAAGUGCAACGGCAGAUUCCUUUGCCUUUUCUCCCACAACAGAAGAGAGGAACAAGCUAGAAAAGCAUUAGAAGGAGCACUAAGUGGGAAGAAAAAUGAAUUUGACAAGUGGGACAAGGAAAUUAAAAGAAGAGAAGAGCUGGGAGGUGGAGGUGACACUGGUGGAGGUGGUUGGUUUGGGUGGGGUAGAAGGUUUGGCUGGUCCAAUGAUGAUAAUUUUUGGCAAGAAGCAAAACAAGCUGGUCUUACUAUACUUGGUCUCAUUUUAGUAUAUCUCCUAGUUGCGAAAGGUGAUUUGCUCCUUGCUGUAAUCUUCAAUCCGUUGCUAUAUACACUUAGGGGAGUGAGAAAUGGAUUUAGUUUUGUAACAUCAAAAGUCUUGAAAAAUACUUCUACCAGCAAUGAGCCUGAUUUUGAUGGACUUUCAAAGAAGAGUGCUUAUAAGCAUAUUUCUGCCAAGGAGAAUGUUGUAAGAAAAUGGGGUAGUGACUAAUGAGUAAUUCGCCUUUUAAAGGUUUGUCAUUAGCCCGGUUAUGCGGAAUGUUAUUUAUACUACUCUUAAUUCAUUCAAGAUCACCUUUGCUCCAUACAAAUCUUACUGCGGCGAUUUUUGUUGCAACUCAGUUUGUUUAUUUCCUUUACACCUGAACAAUAGUUAAUUAUUGUUUCCUCUUUUGUUAUCUUGAGAAGUAAUUAGAGUUAAAAAAAUGCUCCUUCACAA